UUUAACAUAACACGUGUAUUUAUAAAUAUAUUUGAAUAUAUAAUAUAAAAUAUUUAUAAUAUUUAUAGAAUUUUUUUUAGAAAAAAAUGACUGUCGACGGUAUUAAUAAAAGUGUAUUAAAAUUGGUAAAGGAUAUUCAUUACAAAGAUAUCCAAGGAACUUAUAACAUUGUUAUUGCUACUAUUUCCGUAUUUAAAGAUAUUAUUAAUUGUUCAGAAUGGAAUACUGCAAAACAUUUAAUGGAUAUUAUUACAAAAAAUGGAAAAUAUUUAAUCGAAUCUGUUCCACUUGAAGCAUCUAUUGGAAAUAUGGUGAGACGUAUAUUGCGAAUAAUUAGAGAAGAAUAUAGAUCAGAGCUUAAAAAUAAAACUGAAGAAACGGAUACUCAGGAAUCGUUACAUAAAAUUCUUACUGCUGAACGUGAUCAAGACACCGAUUAUGAUAUACACGUGCCUUUCCUCAAAUCAGCACUUAUUGAACAUAUCAAUGAAGUUGAAGUGGAAUUAGAAACAUGUUCAGAAAAUAUCACACAACAAGCUUCGGAACAUAUUCAUUCCAAUGAAAUCAUAAUGACUAUUGGCAAAUCUAAUUUAGUUGAAGAGUUUUUCAAAAAAGCUGCUGCAACAAGAACUUUUGAAGUUAUAGUGGCCGAAGGAGGACCAUCUCUAAGCGGUCAUGAAAUGGCCUUAAACCUAGCCAAAGCUAAAAUUAAAACUACAUUAAUAUCUGAUGUGGCAAUUUUUGCAAUGAUGUCACGUGUAAAUAAAGUAAUUAUUGGUACUCAUACAGUCAUGGCUAAUGGAGGACUAAGAGCUAUUUCGGGUUCGCAUACAGUUGCUCAGGCUGCGAAACAUUACUCUGUUCCUGUAAUGGUGUUACUACCUCUAUAUAAACUUUCACCACUUUAUUUAUGCUCACAUGAACAGGAUGGAUUCAAUCUACAUAUUUCUCCCAUGCAAGGUGUAUUAGAUGGAGCUAAUGCACCUCUCAUGGAAAAGAUUUAUGCUUAUAAUCCAGUAUUUGAUUAUGUACCUUCUGAUCUUGUCACAUUAUUCAUUUCCAAUUCGGGUGGAAAUGCACCAUCAUAUAUUUACAGAUUACUUAGCGAGCUUUAUCAUCCGGAUGAUUAUGAACUAUAACUUCACUAGAAUAUUUUAAUUUAUAAUAUUAAAAUAAUAUGAAUGAGUUAAAUGACUCUUGAAUAGGUGAGACAAUUUCUAUUUGAACAUCAAAUCUAACGUUUAUAUAAAAACAUAUAAGAUACUUUUAUAAAAUACAUUGUCCUAA